AUGGUUCUGGCCCAGUAUCCUCUGCUUCGGGAGGAGAUGGAGAGGAUCGUAACGCAGCACAUCAGAGACCGAGAGAACGCCACCAAGGAACAGGUGCUGCUGCUGAUCGACAUCGAACUGUCCUACAUGAACACCAACCACGAAGACUUCAUUGGAUUUGCAAACGCUCAGCAGAGGAUCAACCAAAUGAACAAGAAAAAGGCGGCUGGAAAUCAGGAUGAGAUCAUGCCUGAGAGAGGAGCUAACGAUCGCUUCAAGGUGAUCCGGAAGGGCUGGCUCACCAUCAACAACAUCAGCAUCAUGAAGGGCGGGGCCAAAGAGUACUGGUUCAUCCUCACCGCGGAGUCUCUCUCCUGGUACAAGGACGAUGAGCGUUUGUGGUUGGACUUUUCUUUUUGGACUGGAGAGGAGAGAGAAGGAGACAAAGCAGGGGGUUUCUCAUGA